CCACAGCUAGGCGAUCGCGGAAGUGGGCGUGGCCUUUCUGUGACGCUGCGCUGGGGUGCUGGUUCUAACUGCUGCCUGCGGAAGGAAGAGGUCGCGAUGGCCGCGUUGGAGCCGGAAGUGUUUCCCCCGGCUUCUGUCCCAGGUUUGGAAUGGUAUGACAAAUCGGAAGAAGCUCCUGAUCCCCAGAUAGACCUGCUUGAGACCCACUCUGCCCAGGAACCUCCCAACCCUUCUGAGCCCUUUUGCCCGAGAGACUGCUUGGUACCAGUCGUGUUUCCUGGGCCUGUGAGCCAGGAGGGCUGCUGCCGGUUUACCUGUGAACUUCUAAAGCACAUCAUGUACCAACGCCAGCAACUGCCUCUGCCCUAUGAACAGCUCAAGCACUUCUACCGCAGAACGUCUCCCCAGGCAGAGGACACAGUGAGGAAGAAACCUCGGACUGCUAGCGAGGCAAGCAGCAGGAAAUGCCAGCAAGCCCUGGCGGAGCUGGACAGCGUCCUCAGCCACCUUGAGGACCUCUUUUCCCGGACCCUGGUACCACGAGUGCUGAUCCUCCUCGGGGGCAGUGCCAUAAGCCCCAAGGAGUUCUAUGAACUUGACCUGUCCCGGCUGGCCCCCCUCAGCGUGGACCAGAGCUUGAGCACGGCCACUUGUCUGCGCCGUCUCUUCCGAGCCAUCUUCCUGGCAGACGCCUUCAGCGAGCUGCAGGCUCCUCCACUCAUGGGCACCAUCGUCAUGGCGCAGGGUCACCGAGACUGUGGAGAGGAGUGGUUUCGACCCAAGCUCAACUACCGAGUGCCCACCCGGGGUCACAAACUCACCGUGACCCUGUCCUGCGGCAGACCUUCCGUCCCAGCCUUGGCCUCCGAGGAUUAUAUUUGGUUCCAGGCCCCACUGACACUUAAGGGUUUCCAUGAGUGACUGAGGCUGCUGCUUACGUGCUGUCCCUCUGGGCCCUAGUCACCUGUCUCUUGUGAGCCGAGCUUCUUCCCGGUGAGAGAAGGCAGCUUGGGAUGGGCUGAAGGUGUGGCCGGGACCUUGAUCGUUGUCACUGAGCAUCCUCUCUGAAUCAAGUUGAUCUCCCCAGAGGGUGCUGGGUGAUGCUUCUGUUUGGGGUGGGAGAGCAGAGAUGGGGCCAUAGGCAUUCCUACACAGGUGGCAGUUUCUGCUUUAGCUCUGUCUUUUCUGGAUUUUUGCCAGAGUAAUAUGUGUGUGUGGCUCAAAAUGGAUGAAUUUGUGUAUGAAAUGAAUGCAAUCAUAUUAAAUUUUCCUGAAAUUAUUGACUCAAAGAGA